AUGAGACCAGUGCUACUGUGUGCGACAGGCGCCUGGCUCGGCCAGGUCAGCGCCGAAUACACCUGGCCUUCCCCUCACGAUGAGCUGGAAGAUAUCCUGUCCCUGCAAUCCGGUCUCUAUGCCCGCAACUUCGUAGCAGGUGUAACCCCUUGCCUUCAGGGCGGCAACGUCAAAGGUCGCCAAAACGCCGCCGAAUGGAUUCGCACUGCCUUUCACGACAUGAUCACCCAUUCUGCAGGUAAUAACGACGGACCUUCUACCGGCGGCCUGGACGGUUCGAUCUGGUUCGAGCUCGACCGUCCUGCAAAUUCUGGCCUGGCAUUUAACAACACCUUCAACUUCUUCGCAUACCUCUACUCCCGCCGCGCCUCUGCCGCAGACCUGCUGGCCAUGAGCGUCAUUGUCUCGCACAGCGCUUGUGGGAGUCCAACCAUUCCCAAGAUUCCGUUCCGCGCUGGCAGGAUCGACGCUUCCGGGGCGGGCCCGACUGGUGUUCCCGAAGCGUUCACACCCCUGGACGAGACUGCUUCCCAAUUUCGAAAGGCUGGACUCUCGGAAAAGGAGAUGAUCCAGCUCGUGGCGUGCGGGCAUACCCUCGGCGGUGUGCACAGUAACAAUCACCCGCAGAUCGUGCCAGGAGACAGCAGUAUAUGGAACGAUACGGUCGAGACGUUCGACAGGACGCCGCACAGCUUCGACAAUCAUAUUGCGAAGGAGUACAUGCAGGGAGUGACGAGGAACCCUCUCGUCAUCGGGGCGAACGACACGCUCAACUCGGAUAAGCGCAUCUUUGAGUCUGACGGAAACAAGACGAUCAGCGAACUGGCAGCUCAGUCAAGUACCUUUGAGGAAGUCUGCGCAAGUGUUUUCCGCAAAAUGAUUGAUACCGUGCCGGCAGGUGUGGAGCUGUCAAAGCCCAUUGAAGCCGUUGACGUGAAGCCAUACAUCAUCGAUCUCUCGGUGGAUGGCGAUGGUAAUUUGCAAUUUGCAGGUCGCAUCAGGGUAAGGACGACAGAUGGAAGAGACGAGAAGAGCCUGGCUGUAACUCUCUUUCUCACCGACCGACAUGGCGAAGCUCUCACGAGUCUCGAGACAACCUACUCUGGGAAUGCGACUGGUCUUUACGGGGAGAAGUUUGCUUGGUACGAGUACCGCACCAUGCUCGACGGGAAGAGAGGGGUCAGCAAAUUUGAUAUUCACCUCGUUGAAGCUGAUGGCACAGUCCAAGUCCACACCAAUGGCGGGGGAGGUUUCCCUGUAGAUGACUCGGUGGUCUACCAACGUGCUGCCUCGUGUGUCUCGCGCACGAGCUCAGGCGGGUUCAGAAACGCGACCAUCACGGCAGCGGUCCGCAAAAAAGAGGCUGACCUUUCACUGUCAGUAGACGUGGUACGGCUUCAAAGGCGACAAGGUAUUGCUGUUAGGGCGAUGGAGGUCGAAAGGUUGGCUCUCCAGGCUGGACAGACACAGGGAGACUGGGUUAUAUUCAGUGCCCCUGUUCAAUUUGCGACAGCGGCGUGGGCCACAACUUUUGACUUGGUCCAGGACGGACCCGACGGAAAGGGGUCAAAGUUGGAGUUUAUUAGGACGGAAUCAUGCCCUCGAAAAUAG